GCCAAAGGUGCUUAAAGCACAUUUUGGCAAUUAAAGAAAAAAAGGGAUCAAAUUGGAGAGCUUAGGCCAAGAGCUUCCUUCAUAAUUAUUUUGGACAACUAUAUAUCUUGUCAAAAUAAUAAAUUACAACCAAUGUCACUACCUUAUUUAAUGAUAAAAACAUUAAAAUUUUACAUUGGUAAAUUUUAUUUGAAAUUAUUUUUAAGUUGGCUCGAAUUCAUUUGACUGCUAAUUUUAGAAUUGAAAUAAUUUUAUAUCAAGAGAGUAAUUAAUGUUUGGUCAUUUUACUAAAAAUUUACUUUAGAAUUGCUAAUAUUUACUAAAUAUUUGAUAGUUGCAUAGAGUUUGAUAGUUGGUAAACAAAUUCAAAUAUCCAAACAUUUAAAGUUAAAGAACUAUGAGUUAGGACUAAAACCCAGAUGGACUUAAAGCACAGGAAGGAGGGGGGGAAGCCAAUUCAUGUGACCUCUAUCUCCACUGUUCUAUUUCUAGCUUAAUUUUUCUUCAUUUCUAAAUUAUUGCCCGGGCAAGUUAGUUUUCUUGCAACUUGUCCUGCAUCAAUUAGUUUUCACUGACAAAAUUAGCAUUCUGACAUAGUCAACAAGAUAAUUGAUAGAAUGUUAUCUUAUAUCUGUACUCUAUCCUUGCCUCCAUUCUGGUGUUUGUCUGUUUUUCCUCAUCUUUUCAUCAGAAAUCUCUGUAGAUAAGGGCUUUAGGAAUCUUACGGGUGCCUUGUUGAUUUGUAUCCUUUACUGAAAUAUCUUUGCAGGCAUCUUCAUUCUAAUUGGUUUUGGCAGGUCAAGCAAAUGCUGAUUGCACUUCUUUGUGAAUCUGAAAUGAAGUUGGCUGAUGAUACUAUUGAGAUAAUACUUGACAAGACAUUCUUGGAAGCUGAUGUAAACCAGGAUGGGAAGAUAGACAAAUCCGAAUGGCGUGACUUUGUAAACAAAAACCCAUCUUUGUUAAAGAUCAUGACGCUUCCUUAUUUGAGGGAUAUAACAACAACAUUUCCGAGUUUUGUUUUUAACUCGGAGGUGGAUGAGAUUGCAACAUGAGAGAAAAGAAAGUUGGGAGUCAGCGGUAUUAGUGCAAA